AUGGCGAUUGCAGCGGAGUCUCAACAAGAGCAGACGGCUUCUUCGGAGAGUGUGGCAGCAGAAAAAAAGAGAUGGACACUCAAUGAUUUUGACAUAGGAAAGCCUCUUGGUAGAGGAAAGUUUGGACAUGUAUAUCUGGCAAGGGAAAAGAGGAGCAAUCAUAUUGUGGCGCUGAAGGUGUUGUUUAAGAGCCAGUUGAAACAGUCUCAGGUCGAGCACCAGCUUCGCCGGGAAGUUGAAAUACAGAGCCAUCUUCGGCAUCCUAACAUUCUACGACUCUAUGGUUACUUUUAUGAUCAGAAACGGGUGUAUUUGAUCCUGGAGUAUGCCGCAAAGGGGGAACUCUACAAGGAGCUACAGAAAUGCAAACACUUCAGUGAAAGACGUGCUGCAACUUAUGUUGCAUCAUUAGCUCGGGCCUUGAUAUAUUGUCACGGAAAGCAUGUGAUACAUAGAGAUAUUAAACCCGAAAACCUUUUGGUUGGAGCUGAGGGCGAACUAAAGAUUGCAGAUUUUGGUUGGUCAGUGCAUACAUUUAACCGAAGACGCACCAUGUGUGGCACCCUAGAUUAUCUUCCACCUGAAAUGGUGGAGAGUGUGGAGCAUGAUGCAAAUGUGGAUAUAUGGAGCCUUGGAGUCCUGUGCUAUGAGUUUCUCUACGGGGAGCCUCCUUUUGAAGCAAAAGAGCACUCAGACACGUAUAGGAGGAUUGUUCAGGUGGAUCUUAAAUUCCCUCCAAAACCCAUAGUCUCAUCAGCUGCAAAAGACCUUAUUAGUCAGAUGCUCGUCAAGGAUUCUUCGCGACGCUUGCCACUCCACAAACUUCUCGAGCAUCCUUGGGUCAUACAAAAUGCAGAUCCUUCGGGAUUUGUGAGGAGUUGUGUCGCACAACUGCUGAAACCUGUUGGGGUUCUGAGUAGUGGAUCUCUUGCACAGAAGAUGUGUGCAUAUUUUUGUGGGAAUAUGAAGGAUGACGGGUUAGAGAGACAAUAA